UCCUCUGGAGAAGUGCUUCCCUCUCUCAUUUCCAGGACCACAAUUCCCAGAACCUUCAGCUUCACGGCGGUUCCCUUUUCACUCGAUCUCUUCUUGAACUGGCUGGGCUUCAGCCGGCCAGCAGGCACUCAGCGACGACGUGAUUCGUCGGGACUGGGCACAGGGUUUCCUUAGCGGCCUGUUUUUCUCCCCACUUAGUUAUUCCCUUUACAGGCCGUCGCGGCUGGCCUGAGCGGUGACCUGGCGGGCCGCGCCUGCGCUCUGCCCCGUUUCCUGCCUGGCUGGUGGCGGUGGCCAUUUUGUUCAUCCUCCUCCUCCUCCUGCUCCUCCUGGUUGGAGCGCAGUGUCCGGAGCGGGCUGGGGGGAGAGAGCCCGAGAGCAGGGUUCGGUGGCUUUUCCUCUGUCCCCAGCUGGUGCCCGGAGCCCCCCUCCCCUUCCUCCCCACCCCCUCCCCUCCCCAGCCCUGCCCUCCCCCUUGUCCCGGGAUCGCUCCGUCGCACCCACCAUGAUGGAAGACGACGGGCAGCCCCGGACUCUAUACGUAGGUAAUCUCUCCAGAGAUGUGACAGAAGUCCUUAUACUUCAGUUAUUCAGUCAGAUUGGACCCUGUAAAAGCUGUAAAAUGAUAACAGAGCAACCCGAUAGCAGAAGGGUCAACUCUUCUGUUGGAUUUUCUGUUUUGCAGCAUACAAGCAAUGACCCAUAUUGCUUUGUGGAAUUUUAUGAACACAGAGAUGCAGCUGCUGCAUUAGCUGCUAUGAAUGGGAGAAAAAUUUUGGGAAAGGAGGUCAAAGUAAACUGGGCAACAACACCAAGUAGCCAGAAAAAAGAUACUUCCAAUCACUUCCAUGUGUUUGUUGGGGAUUUGAGUCCAGAAAUUACAACAGAAGAUAUCAAAUCAGCAUUUGCCCCCUUUGGUAAAAUAUCGGAUGCCCGAGUAGUUAAAGACAUGGCAACUGGAAAAUCCAAAGGCUAUGGUUUUGUAUCUUUUUAUAACAAACUGGAUGCAGAAAAUGCAAUUGUGCAUAUGGGAGGUCAGUGGUUGGGUGGUCGUCAGAUCAGAACCAACUGGGCCACACGUAAACCACCUGCACCUAAAAGUACACAAGAAAAUAACACUAAACAGUUGAGAUUUGAAGAUGUAGUAAACCAGUCAAGUCCAAAAAAUUGUACUGUGUACUGUGGAGGAAUUGCCUCUGGGUUAACAGAUCAGCUUAUGAGACAGACUUUCUCACCAUUUGGACAAAUUAUGGAAAUAAGAGUUUUUCCAGAGAAAGGCUAUUCAUUUGUCAGAUUUUCAACCCACGAAAGUGCUGCUCAUGCCAUUGUUUCGGUGAAUGGCACUACAAUUGAAGGACAUGUUGUUAAAUGCUAUUGGGGUAAAGAAUCUCCUGAUAUGACUAAAAACUUCCAACAGGUCGACUAUAGUCAGUGGGGGCAGUGGAGCCAGGUUUAUGGAAACCCACAACAGUACGGACAGUAUAUGGCAAAUGGGUGGCAAGUACCGCCGUAUGGAGUAUACGGGCAACCGUGGAACCAACAAGGAUUUGGAGUAGAUCAAUCGCCUUCUGCUGCUUGGAUGGGUGGAUUUGGUGCUCAGCCUCCCCAAGGACAAGCUCCUCCCCCUGUAAUACCUCCUCCUAACCAAGCUGGAUAUGGUAUGGCAAGUUACCAAACACAGUGAGCUGGGACUCUAAACAAAAUUGUAAUUCAUGAUAGCUUCAGUUUCCUGUGACACUCUGAAGACAUGAAAGUAGACAUCGGAAAAUGAAAAUAUUUAUUUUAAAAAUUGAAAUGUUUGGAACCUUUAGCACAGCUUUGCUUUGGUGAAGGACACAUGUCUUCUAGUUCUGCCUUUUUAAGUUUUUGUUCAUGAUGGAUAUGAACAUGAUUUUUCUUUGUGUACAAAAACUAAAAUAAAGUCAAUAAAGACAA